AUGAAAAAGAUUGAUAUGCGCUGGGGUCAAUUUUAUAAUGUUGUAAAAGUAUUUCAUAAACAGAAAGACAAUAUAGUAAUUGCCCGAGGAUGGCGCAAGAUAGCGCCAUCCUCGGGCAAUUAGAAUACCUCCUAUAAGCCUAGAUGUUAUGUAUACUACUAUGUCUUUUUAUAAUAUAAACUAUCUUACUCCUCCCAAUGGUUAACGAGAAAAACCAUUAGAAUAUCCCUAUAUUGGAAAAAUUAACCUCUUUCUGAUGAGUAAAAAAUAAUUAGAAUAUAAUCAAUGAUGAUUUUGAUGAAAUCUCUAAUAAUUUUAUUAAAUCUUAAACAGAAUGCAUUUCAAAAUAAUAAAAUUUAUAGAUUAGAUUAGAUAUCCCUUUCAAAUUCACAAAUUUGGAUUAUUUCGAAAAAGUUAUAUAUAUAUAUAUAUAAUUUUAAUAAAUGUUUUAAAAAGUAUUAGUGCUCAAAUCAAGAAAGUUAGCAAAUCCAUUCUUAUAAAAUAAAACUUAUCUAAAUAUAAAGAUAUUGAUAGUAAUAUCCAUUUUCUAUUAUUUUCCCAAUUUUCAUUGUUAAUUUAUUAUUUUUUGGGGCACUUUGCAAAAAUGGAUGAAUUAAACCUAAAUGAUCCAUGAGAAGACUUCGAAGAAAGCAAGUGUCAAGAAGAUCAAGAAGAAGAAGAAGAAUCUGAUGAAAAAUUGGCUAACGGAAAGCCUGCUCCAACUCGAAAACAAAGACCCUUAAAAUUAACUGCUGAGCAAAAGCAGGAAUUAAUUAUGCGCUAUCGAUACCUCAAAGUCAACAGAAGAGCACUAGCAAAAGAAUAUGGCAUUGGAAUUUCCACUUUCGGCGAAAUAAUAAAAAAAGCGGGGCAACUCAAAAAUGCAAUCGACUCUGAAAAAUGCCCCGAACUUAUCGAAAGCAAGAAAAUAAUCUCAAGAAAUCAUAACCCCGCUCUAGAAAAAGCACUUAUAAUCUGAUGCAAUCAAUGAUACAACGCUGGCAAAAUUAUAAUGGAAAAUGAAGUUAGUGAAAAAGCAAUACAGUUUCAUUUAAAAUUAAAAGCAUUUGGAGAGCAGCCAGAUUUCAGUGCUUCAUGGAGCUGGACAAAAAAUUUCAUAGCAAGGAAUGAUUUAGGAAAAAUUAGCAGCCCAAAUAGAACACCUAUGCAUCCAGAAAAUGAGUUAAAAGCCUUUGUAAACCAGCUCAAUUUUAUUAUUGAAAAUGAAAAAUAUUCUCCAGAGCAAAUUUAUACCUGUGAUGAGUCAAGCAUUUUUUGGCAAACACUUCCAAGUGGACUAUCGAUCAGGUUAAAAGACGAGUGGAAGCUAAGGCUUUCACAAAGCAGAGUUAAGUGUCUAUUAUGCUGCAAUGCAACUGGCUCGCAUCGGCUGCCUUUGAUGAUUGCAGGAGAUUUCCAUAAGCCUAUCGGCGAGCACUGGCCAUGCUUAUGAAUUUAUAGCAAUAAAGGUAUAAUAACAAACCCAAUAUUCGAGAGCUGAUUAAACAACCAAUUUAUACCUUCCAUGAAAAAGUAUAUGGAGUCAAAGAACUUGCCUCAAAAAGCUAUACUUUUGUUGGAUAAUGCACCAAUUCAUAAUCUUUCAAAAGCAGCGAACACGAAAGAUGUAAAAAUAAUAUACUACCCUCAUAAUAUUACACACCUUGUGCAACCAUUAAGCCAAGUUUCAAUAAGAACUUUCAGGAAAAUCUUCAGACUCAAAAUACUUAAGCUGCUUUUUAAACACUCAAAAGAGCAUUCAGGACUCAAUUUGGAGAAAAUGAUUAUUUAUUUUUUAGCGAAAUUUGGUUUGAGACAGUGUGCUUACUAUUUAGCUGAAAGCUGAAAUGAAAUCCCUGAUACUAUCAUGAAAAGUGAUUGAAAUGCCUUAGGAAUGAACAUUUUCGUUCGUUAUGUGCAGAUUUUAGACGACUCUAUGGACAAAAUAUUGCAUGAAUGCAGAGAGAUACUUAGUAUGAGCAAUAAAGAUGUCGAAGAAUAUUUGGAGAAAGAUAAUAUUUUUGAUAGGGAAGAAGAUUUGCUGACUGAUGAUGAAAUUAUAGAACAAGUUGCUAAUUAUAAAAAAGAGAGCACAAUAGAGAAUUACGAGGAUUUUAAAAUCUCUCAUGAUGAUGCUGUGAAAGCUCUAAAGAUGGUUGUAAAAUAUUUGGAGAUAGCGCCAAUUGCAACUAAAGGGUUUUUGGCAAAAGCAAAAUACUUACUUGAGAAUUUAGAAGAAAACAAAAUUGCACCACUAAAGAGACCGAAAUUUCAAGAAGCGUGCGAGAUUGCUGAGGAUGAAUGGUUUAUAGUUAAUUAA